GGUGACCAGUUUGGCAGGGCCUAAUUGAACGCAUUUUCCAUGCCAGAUUCAACAAAGCGACUUGUGAUCGCGUCCGUUUGGGCGGUCGUACUGCUGGGAUUACCAUUAUGGUGGAAGACUACAGCGGUCUACCGCGCACAAUUGCCGUUUUCACAAAUAGAUUCCUGGGCAGAACGCAAGGCCUGUCAGCUUAGCUUUCCGUCAACGUUUGUCAUACACCUGGCCAGCAUUGCUGACGGCGAACCUCAGGCACACAAUCGUCCACUUGACUUUGCAGUCAUACAGGAGACAAUCACCUCACACGUCAAUAAUAGACUUGCUUCGACCAAUGCGAGAGAGUGCGUGGAAUUUCCGCUUCAUGUCAAUAUCCAGAAUUGGCCUAUCACAUCUGAUAUGAAGAAUUUACUUCAUCAUAUAGAACCAUCAAAUAGCAAGCAGGUCAUUGCUAUAGCUGACAUAGAAGAGGUGUCUUCAGCCGUCAUUACGGCUAUCUUAAAGGGUGAACGCGAAAGAGUACGAAGUCUUGCUUGUGAUAGCGAACUAACUGAACGAUCGAAUUUGGAUGGAGCUAGAACAAUGAAGUUCUCACCUACCUAUCAAAUGACCUUCAGUCUGAUGAACGGUAAUCCUGAUAGCUUGCAAGUAGAUUGGGAUAUCGAAGCUGCAGUCAACACCUAUUUGAAGCCAUUCAUAUCGGAAGUCUCGCUAGUGUCAAAUUUCACUGUGGACUCGCAAAUCCAACACUAUGCUGACCUGGCGGUUACCCCUCAAUUUAUGGAGCGACAGAAGUUACCAUCGUACUAUUAUUUGACUCCACAAACUCUUCCCCAUUUCAUUAAUUCGGCAGAGUGGAAUCUAGCUUCUGCCAUAUCCUCGUAUCCUACCAUCAAUUUCAUUCUCUAUAUACCAGCUGCGGACAAAACUCCAUUGCGGAUACAUGAUGAUAAAGGUCAGCCACUCAGAAGUAAUGCAUUUCUGAUUCCACGCUGGGGAGGCAUUGCUAUCAAGAACCCCCCAAAAGCAGCUUCAGGUAAACUCGAAUUCAGCAAAGAAGACCUGAAACCCUUCAUGGAGAUAUUUGUCGCUCAACUUCGUGGCCUCAUUGGCAUACAUGACCUCAAAAAGACAAUGAGCUCUCUGGAAUCAUCUUACGAAAUUUCAUUGGCGCCUACACCCCAGACGGCUGUUACUGUGAUUGAAAUGGACGCCGUGGUGAAGCAGCGUAUUGCAGAGAAUGUGGUAAAUAGCAUUGCGACCUUAAAAUCGUUGGCACAGUUGGUGAUGGAUAUACCCAACAUGGUUGUUCUUGAUCACAUAAGAACAGAGGUUCAAUUAUCACUCGACUCGUUGAAUCAAGCUUGUCAAGCGCUGCAGCAAGAGGAUUAUUUGAAGGCAUUACAACACUCCAUUCAUGCUAUAGAGAGAUCUGAAAAGGCGUUUUUCGACCCAACGAUGGUUUCCAUGCUGUACUUUCCCGAUGAGCACAAGUAUGCCAUAUACAUGCCGCUCUUUGUCCCAGUCUCUGUGCCGCUGAUCAUGGCCGUCAUCAAGCAACUAAAAGAGUACAAAAAGGAAAAGCGUGAACAGAAAGUUAAAGCAGAAUAGCGCAAUCGUCCGUACUUGCACAAAACAUCAAUAAAGCCAAUUCGUUUGCAUCAUUCGUAAAAGAAGGAGUAUUCCUCUUAUGAUGAAAUAUAGCUCAUAAUAGGCACUCGACAACACGUAGAGCCGAGAUGGAGGAUAUCCUGUCUGUGCGAGUCAUCAGCCAAUGACGGCAGCUGCCAAAAUGCCCCACGUCUGAAACAGUCUCCGACUGUAACUUGGUUUUAAACAAAAAAGCUACUGAAACUUUUGCUGCGCU